GCAAGGCGCUUGCGAGAGGGAAACGCCUGGGCGCCCCGCUUCCUGCCUCGCGCUGGCGCUCGCGCGGGUGACGUCGGCUUCUGAGAGGGGAAGAGGAGGAGGAGGAAGCGGGCGGCGAUAGGACCCACCUGCCCGGCCGGCCGGGGAUGCUCUUGGCGGGCUCCCUGCGGGCGGCGUCGAAGAAGCGGAGGAGGAGGAGGAGAGGCGAGCGCAGCGGCGCGGCCUAGGCGGCAAGCGGAGGAGCCGAGCGGAGGAGCGAGAUGGAUUGAUUGGUAAAGAUGGAGAGAGGCAGAGGAGGAGGAGGAGGAAGGAAUGUGGGGGGCUCUGGCCUACACAGGAGCAUUUACUCCCAGUCCCAGCAGCAGUAUCAUUAUCCUGCCUCCUCUUCUCAGACGGGCUGCAUGGAAAUCCAGGAGCUAGCCUCCAAAAGAGUGGACAUCCAAAAAAAGAGGUUCUAUCUGGAUGUGAAGCAGAGUUCCCGAGGCCGUUUCCUGAAGAUAGCAGAGGUCUGGAUAGGAAGAGGCAGGCAGGACAAUAUCAGGAAAAGUAAACUGACUCUGUCUUUGUCAGUUGCUUCUGAACUGAAGGAUUGUCUGGGCGAUUUCAUUGAACAUUAUGCCCAUUUGGGCCUAAAAGGCAGCCAAAGUCAUCGGAACGAACAUGCUAAUGGUAAAGAGCAAGACCCAAGAAGGCGGCAACACCAUCACCCACCGUCACCUCCAGCAUCAGUUGGAUCUGAAGAGCAUCUUCACAGUGUUUUAAAAACGGAAUAUAUUGAAAGAGACAACAGGAAAUAUUACCUAGACCUGAAGGAGAACCAACGUGGACGUUUCCUUAGGAUAAGGCAGACCUUGAUUAGAGGACCUGGCAUGAUAGGAUAUUUUGGUCACAGUUUAGGACAAGAACAAACUAUUGUCCUUCCCGCACAGGGGAUGAUUGAGUUCAGGGAUGCUUUGGUCCAGCUCAUUGAAGAGUAUGGAGAAGGAGACAUAGAGGAAAGGAGGAGUGGGGGAGAUGAACCUCCUGAACUCCCAGAAGGGACUUCCUUUAGGGUGGACAACAAGAGGUUCUACUUUGAUGUGGGGUCCAACAGGUAUGGUAUAUUUUUGAAGGUAAGUGAAGUGAGACCUCCUUACCGUAACACCAUCACUGUCCCCUACAAAGCAUGGACAAGAUUUGGGGAAAACUUUAUCAAGUAUGAAGAAGAGAUGAGGAGGAUUUACAACGGUCAUAAAGAGAAAAGAAUGGAUACCAGAGGGGACAGUGGUGAAGAACAAGAGGGUCUUGAUUAGGAUGUUUCAACAGGCCAAGAAGCAAAAUGAAGAGUUGGCUAGUGGUAUUGAUCUGUAGUAGCUGGAGGAGGUUGCCUUUGAUUUUGUAAGUUAUCCCCUGUUGUAAGAUAAUUUCAGUACAUAUGAUAUUACAAGGGUGUGCUUUUUCGUCUAAGAGUAUACCCAGCGACAUCUCUGUGAUUCCUUACAGGAAAAAAAACUAAUUGGCCAAUGAAUCGGAUGAAAUUAUGUACAAUAGCACUAAAUUUGUUAAUGCCCUCUUAUGUAUAAGGUUUGUGUUGCAAUAUAACAUGAUACAGCUAAGAAAGAUGGAAUUAAUAUCAUUUGAUGUUAACCACAGAGCACUUAAUGACUAAAACUGGUAUUUACAUUUUAAGUGGUGUAUUGGGAAGGUAUCUUUAAAUAAGCAAAUCUUCUGCUUACUUUGCAGAAAACAAUGAAGGGGGGAAUCACACCUCUGUAUUGUGAUGGCCAGUGGUUAAUUUCAUGGUUACCCAAUGUUAUGAUAGCUAAGUUAUUUAAGUGUCCCAACUAUAUAAAUCUAUGUUUAAGUUAAUAGGCCAUUUCAGAAUAAUAUUGACCAUGCAUCAUCCAUUCUCUAUGGAUUGCUUACAUCAUGUGAAGAGAAUUUAUUUAAAUAGUGUAACAAAAUUUCAAAAGCUAUUUUUGUAUUUGUGGGGUUCAGGGGUUGCUUUGAUGUGCAAUUUGGUAUUUGAUUCAUGUUUAGGAAUGAAAUUCUAAAUUGGGUGAUUAAAUGUGUGCAUGAGAGAGAGAUGUGGAAAAGUAUUAUAAUAACUUUUGUUCUUUAUACUUUUUAAAAAAGCUUUGAGAGAUUUUGGUGCAUCACUUAAUUGGUAUGAAGCAGAUCUCUAGAUUUGCGUUGUUGCAGCUGAAGCAUUCAGCAACAGCUGCCAGCAUUUCCUUUGUAGGUGUUUCCUCUUGAACACUUACUAUUCUAAACCAUAAUCUACACUUUUUUCUUUUGUUAAAAUGCAUCUAGAGAUAAUACUAACCAAAAUAAUUAUUUCAGUAUUUUUAGUAUCAAGAGAAUGGUUGGAAAAGUCUAUGGAAGUGGGGGCAGGAUAUUUGAUAAUUUUUUUAAUUGGCAAAAACAUCUGAUAGAGCUGCAAUCUUAUGCCGUCUUACCUGAGAGCAAGACUCAAUGAAUACACUGGAAUUGAUGCCUGAGUAUAUUUAAUUAGGAUUGCACUUUACAUCAAAUUUUGAAUUAGAUCUAGAACAUUCUGCCUUCAAACCAUAAAGCAUGUGCUUUAGACCUUAAUACUGUGUAACUAUUUGUGUCUCUAUGUACAAAAUGUUUUACAUGUACAGAAAUAUAACCCAUAGUUCUUUUCCAAUUAUGACCAUUUAAUCAUUUAAAAUCCAAAGAAAAUUAUUUUUUAUAACCAGAAGCUGUGGUAGCUUCACUUUUUUUACUACAUACUAUUGCCAUACCACAAUAAAUGUAUGCUGUGUUCUCCUUUUUUUCAGAGUUAUUUGUGAAGGUGGAAAACAUAGCCCAGCAUUUAUUUUGGUGCCACAAUAUUUUCAUUUACAAACAAAAGGAAAAGAAUUUGCACCAAAAUCAUCAAAGAGCUUUAGAAAUGUGUGUUACAGUUGUGACAGAGAAAAAGAAGAGUAUGGACUUUAAUUUCACUGUUUUAGGUGAUUUGCCCAGUAUAUGACAAUUGAACCUAUUGAGAAUGUGGUCUAGUUUCAGAAAUAACUAAUAUACAACCUAAAACUAAGAUUUCUAAUUUGUUUGUUUUUUAAGUACCAGAGGCACACUGGGGCAUAAGAAGUUAUUGAAAGUUAUACAUUAAUCUUGGUGUGAAAGAGUGUUAAGAGUAUAUCUGGGAAGUGAACCCUUAGAUGUAAAAUGAAAGUGUUUUGUAUAUGUUGUUGAUUUGAUAAUUGUAGUGAUUUGACUGAAUCUAAAUUACCACAUUGCCGAUUUAUUGCUGCACAUCUAGUGCCUGCAUAAUGGCAAUGGUGCCAGAUUCCAGAACACGGGAUAUACGUGAAUGUAGGAACUCCUGAUGCUCACAUUUUCCCAGCUUAUAUCUUGCUAAAGGCGUUUUCUCGCGCAUUUUAUUUCAAAAGGACAAUUUAACAGUCAAUAUGGUGGAUAUUUUUUUUUCUGCAAGUGUGGGAUUUACAUGGUCCUCCAUGCAUUUUGGACUGUAACCUGCACAUCUCCUUAUAAGCUGUAGUGGCUAAGACAGCUAGGAUUUGUAAUCAAACAAUAUCUGGAGGGCCACAUUAUUCCAAUCUUUAUUUCACUAGAAAUUUUCCAUAUCUUGUUAAAUAUUUCACAGAAAUAUUUUGUAUUAUUUCUGUGAAUUUUUAAGUGAUAAGGUGUACUGUAUAUACUCAUGUAUAAGUCCAGAAAAUUUAGUUUAAAAUCAACCCAAAGAAUCCAGGUCGGCUUAUCCAUGGUCAAUGUAAGUACUGUACCCUAACUUCUUUGAGUAGAGUGGCAAAAGGUGAGAACUUAAUCUAUCCAUGGAGAACUUAAAAGAAGCACCAACUGCCUCUGCUUUUUCCAUCAUGACACCACUUCUGGCCUUUUUGAAUGCCUAGGCGGGGAAAAGAUGACAGCAGCUGCUGGUCCUCUAUAACCAGUUCUAGCACUUUCCUCUCUCCAUGGAAUAACUCUCAACUUAUCUAUGGGGCCUAUCAAAAUCCAUAAUUUGGCCUCAAAACUAGCCCUCAUUUUAUGCAUGAGACCUAUGCAUGAGUAUAUACAGUAUUAAUUUGGGAUUUAAUAAAUAUUUGAGAAACUGCAUUUCCUCCACAAUUCUUUAAAACUCCAGUAACUGUGAAAUGUUUUCUAAUACUGCUUCAUUCAGAAUGCAUAAUAGGUUAUACACUGGCAUGUGCAAACUUGCACCAUUGUUAUCUAUAUCUUGUUUUCUGAAUUGAGCCAAAAA